AUGUCCGCCUACACACCGCGUGCUACGCCAUCGGCAACAUUAUCGCCGUCUCCAUCUCCAUCUCCAUCGCUUCCCCACCGUUCACUUGAUCCUUCAAUCUUUGUCGCGCCUACACUACAAGAGGUCGAUCCCGUCACCGUCCACCAGAGAUAUUACCAAUACUUGCGAGACAACCCACAAGACGCAUCUCUGAUCAGAGCAGGCUAUCAAACUGCCUUCGAGCUACCGCCGCUGCCAGCUCCAGCUCCCAUCGAACAAGAACCAGGAGAAAGAAGUCACAAGAGAAAACCCUCCAAAAUGGCAGAGCCCCGUGCCCGUGUCGCAAGACACAAGGGGCAAAUGAACUUCUCCUCAGAGCUCCGCCUCCUUCUCCUAGCCUACGGAGACCCGGCCCCCCACCACUCCUACCCGCAAGAACCGCUCCCCGAAACAAUCCGUGUCCUAGAUGAAAUAGUCACAGACUUCAUCCUAGAACUCUGCCACGGCGCAGCGCAAGUCGCCCACCACGCCCGUCGCCAGAAGAUCAAAGUCGACGACUUCCGCUUCGCACUACGCCGAGACCCGAACAAGCUGGGCCGUGUACAGGAAUUGCUGCGCAUGGAGCGCGAACUCAAAGAGGCGCGAAAGGCCUUCGAUCAGAAUGAUGACCAGGUUGCCAAGGACGCGGGGAAGAAGGGCCCUGCUGCGACAGAUGACGCCGAUGCUGCUGCUGCUGCUGAUACGGCGCCUCCGCCUUCCGCCACUGGUACUGCUGGCGGGAAGAAGAGCAAGGGUAAAGGGAAGAGGGCUGCCAGACGGGAGUCUGAUGCUACGGAGGACUCAUCGGUGCCGAUGCUGAAGAAGAGGAAGACUAUUGGUUGA